CACCACUCUCACAGAUACAUUCGUUUUCGUUUUUGACCACUUGGGGCGGUAUUGCUGCCGAAACAUGUAUCAAAUCGGCAAAUCACGACAAUCAUGGCUGCUCCUACUUUAGCGGCUGGAUUGGCCACCACCAGAUGGCGACCACUUUUCAAAUUUGAAAUUGGCCAACUAUAUACCGGCAAAACGAUUCAAUUUGCUACGCCGAUGAUGAUCGGCGCCAAGACGAUGAUCCAAUCCAACGCAACGGCCAGAUAGUCGAUAGACGUCGGUUGAAAGCAGUCAUAGCAUUGUGAACGACCAAGCCAACUUGAUUAUAGAGUCUGCAGUUUUCAUUAAUUUGCGAUUUCGUUGUCGAUAAUUUUGGUUCCACAUUCAUAGAAUUGGCGACAAAACAGUGUCCACUGUGCUAGCUCAUCGACAAAGUGAACAUCGGAUACGAUGAGCCAUUCUCGAAUCGAUUACGACCACAACAGCAUUGUCGCUCUAUCCAUCGACCAUCAAUGGCAAUCAGCCGAAUCCAGCACUAAAACGCGAUCGAAUCAAUCGACAAACAACAAGAGAAUGGAUCACCAGCACCGGUCAGCGUGGUUCGAAUAUUCUCUAUGGUCAAGUAGUCAUCAUCAAUGCUGGUCAAGUUUGGUGAUAAUAGUCACGUUUGUGCUAAUCUCCCAUUGCUGUUCGGGUUCUGUUUGGGAACAAAAAGGCUGUCACAUUGUAGGUCACACCCAAAAGAUUGAUAUACCUGGUUGCAUCAAUUUUGAAUUGACAUCAAACGCCUGUCGUGGAUACUGCGUAUCGUAUGCGAUACCAUCGAAUCAAGAAACGCUGCUGGUCAACGGAAAGCAGAUGAUCACUUCUGUGGGCAACUGUUGUGCGAUGACCGAGACCGAAGUGAUGAGCGUGCGAGUAAUGUGUCGCAACGGACCCAAAGACAUCAAAUUCAAAUCGGCCACCAAAUGUGGAUGUUUCCAUUGUAAAAAGUAUUAACUUGCUUGCUGGAGCCAGCAGCAUCUGCAUUGGAUAAUCAUCUCCACACGAUUCUCAUCAUCGUCAUCAUCAUUGGCCACCGUCAUUAGCAAUUCAAUUAGAAUCAAGUGGCCAUCAUCAUCGAUGUCAUGAUGAAUGAAUAAAUAAAUCAUCACUUUACUUCCGAACCUGCAUGGCGGCCAAUCUGUCAUUAAUAAACAGGUUGGCUGCCCAUUUCAUUAAUUUCAUAGAUUUCAUAGUUAUCUUUAUUCCAAUUGUUUGUCUCUUCCCAUCUAUAUUCUGUUUUGUGUGUCACUCUGUACAGAAUCCUCUUCUUCUAACCUUAAAUCAAUGAAUGUCCAUUCCAAUAGACAAUGAUAUAUUGCCAAAUCACUAGCAUCCAUAUUCUGAUUGAUGAUGAUGAUGACGAUGACAAUAAUAACAAUAAAAUAAAAUCCAUUAC